GGAGAUUUUCAGUGCAUCAUGUGCAUAGGGAUGUCCCUGUUCUGAGAUUUUGAUGAAACUUGUUGAGAAAUUCUGCAGUGUUUCUCCCAAAGGCUUCUAGGGAUGGCUGCCUUCCUACUUUGUCUACAGUGCAACACUUUUCCACAUCACUUGCUGAGUUCAGUUGGCACCAUUGCAAUAAAUAGGCUAACUACAUAUGUAUUUGGGUAGCUUCAGGAUGCUAGUAGAGGUAAAUAAGGACUAAAAGUUUAAAGCUUCACGCUACAGAAUUUUUUUUCUCUGCUUGCUUCUGGUAUGUUGUAUUCACCAUGAUGGUCUGGAGAGUGGUACUAUGCUGAAGUGUUCCAAAGUGGAUGAAGCUGAAAUACCAGCAAGAAAUUCUGAAGUGGAAUGGAUGGGGAUAUAAUGAUUCCAAAUUUAUAUUUAAUAAGAAGGGACAAGCAGAGUUCACAGGAAAAAGGUACAGGUUGAGUGGCAUGGUGUUACCUAUUUUGAAGGAAUGGAUGGAAAAAACCUUAGGAGCAAGUCUGGAGCACAAAAUUACCUCUAGAACCUCUUUAAAUAUAAGUGAUGUACCCCCAUCUAUUGUAAAUGAAGAAUUUCUUCAGGAUCUUAGAGCCACUAAAAUUUCAUAUUCACGGGAAGCAGAAGAUAGGGUGUUCAGAGCUCAUGGUCACUGCCUACAUGAGAUACUUGUGCUUAGGGAAGGAAUGUUUAAACGAAUUCCUGAUAUAGUUGUAUGGCCAGAUUGCCAUGAUGAUGUAGUUAAAAUUGUGGAAUUAGCCAGCAAACAUAAUCUUUGCAUAAUACCAUUUGGUGGAGGAACAAGUGUUUCUAGUGCUCUUGAAUGUCCUGCUGAUGAGAGAAGAACUAUUGUUUCAUUGGAUACAUCACAAAUGAAUCGAAUUCUCUGGAUAGAUGAAAGAAACUUAACUGCUCAUAUAGAAGCUGGCAUUAUUGGACAAGAUUUGGAAAGACAGCUUGGUGAGAGUGGUUACUGUACAGGUCAUGAGCCAGAUUCUAUGGAAUUCAGCUCCCUUGGAGGUUGGGUGGCCACACGAGCAUCAGGAAUGAAAAAGAACAUAUAUGGAAACAUUGAAGAUCUGGUGGUUCACAUUAAAAUGGUAACCCCAAGAGGAGUAAUAGAAAAAGGCUGUCAAGUACCUCGCAUGUCAACAGGACCUGAUAUCCAUCAUUUCAUUAUGGGAUCUGAAGGAACUCUUGGAGUGGUUACAGAAGUCACAAUAAAAAUUCGACCAACACCUGAAUAUCAGAAGUAUGGCUCUGUAGUAUUUCCUAACUUCGAACGAGGAGUGGCCUGUUUAAGAGAAAUAGCAAAGCAGAGGUGUGCUCCUGCAUCGAUUCGCCUUGUUGACAAUGCACAAUUUCAGUUUGGACAUGCUCUUAAACCACAGGUUGCUUCAAUUUUCACAUCAUUUUUGGAUGGGCUGAAAAAGUUCUAUAUCACAAAGUUUAAAGGAUUUGAUCCCAACGAACUGUGUGUAGCUACCUUACUCUUCGAGGGUGACAGAGAGAAGGUUCUUCAGCAUGAAAAGCAAGUUUAUGAUAUCGCUGCCAAAUUUGGUGGACUGGCAGCUGGAGAAGAUAAUGGACAGAGAGGUUACAUGCUGACAUUUGUCAUCGCUUAUCUUCGGGACCUGGGCCUGGAUUACUAUGUCAUAGGAGAAUCAUUUGAGACUUCUGUUCCUUGGGAUAGGGUUAUAGACCUCUGCAGGAAUGUAAAGGAAAGAAUAGUGAGAGAAUGCAAAGAAAAAGGUGUCCAGUUUGCUCCAUUUUCUACCUGCAGGGUGACACAGACUUACGACGCAGGUGCAUGUGUCUAUUUCUAUUUUGCCUUUAACUACAGGGGAAUUAGUGAUCCUAUUCACGUCUAUGAACAAAUUGAGACAGCUGCUAGAGAGGAAAUUCUUGCUAACGGAGGAAGUCUGUCACAUCACCAUGGAGUGGGCAAGUUGAGGAAGCAGUGGAUGAAGGAGAGUAUUUCUGAUGUUGGCUUGGGGAUGCUGAAGUCUGUCAAAGCAUAUGUGGACCCCAAUAACAUCUUUGGAAACAGGAACCUUUUAUAAAAUCCUUACUGUCUGAAAAUUUGAAAAUUACUAUUUUUAGCCUCAUCGUACUCUUAUCCCAGUAAUCAAAUAUAACAUGGGCUGAACUUUAAAAGCUAGUAUCUUUCUUACAUUGAUUUUUCCCCAAUAAAAUGUAAACAUUCAUCACUAACAUUCACAGAUUUACUCACUGUACUCCUAAACCUCUCUUACCACACAACCUGGCAGAGGCAUAUCAAAGUAUAUAUCAGCUUGCAAAUUCAGAGUUGGCAUUCCAAGUUUGGUUAGGCAAUACAGCUAAUGAUUAUAGUUUCUGUACUGGAUGAAGCCAGAUGUUCUUUGUUAAAACAUCCUCUGCAAGAAGAACAAAGACUGAUAUUGGUGUUGUCUACAUAAGCAGCUGUUAAUACAGCCUCUUGCUAGGGGAAAGUUCCUGGGAAGCAUAAGAGGUGGAUUACACUGAGGGAAUACUUCUGCGUGAAGAGUUAAGCAAAUAACAGCCUAAAAAUGAAUAACUGAUUUAAAGAGUAAAUGCAGCCUUUCUGUUUAAAAGAUCAAAUGUGGUUCUGUAGGAUGUUUGGUAUGUUGGGCUCCCUUUCUGCAUUACUGAAAACUUAAAAUCUUUGAGAAUACUUAAAGUGGGGCCUAAGUUGUAUUUGUAUUGCUGGGAUAAACUUCUUUAAUAUGCUAGUCAGUCAUAAGUUUUGUACAGAACAGCCGAUGUUUCUCAUUGUAUAUUAAGAAGUUUGUUACAUAAAAUUAUUGCCUUCAUGAACACUGCACUCCUAAUGUGUCUAGUUUCACUUUAUUUUUGUGGCGAUGCAAAAUAAUCUCCCACCCCUCAGUAGAAAAUGCUUUGGUUGUUUUAAAAUAAAACUUUGUCCAGAACCAUCUUGAAAAAGGUUGAAACAGUUUUAUUAAUCUAAAAUGGAGAAUAUAUUGUCUAAAAAUUAAGAUUCCAUUUUUAAUUUCUUAUUGUCCUUUCUGAAUUAUUGGUUUACAUAACUUUGAGCUGCAAAUGUUGUCCUCUGUACAAUUAAAAAUAUGGAUUUUUUUUCUUAAACCGUUUAUACAACAUCAGUCCUGAAACAAUUUUACAUAAAAACCAGGUUCUUAAACAAGUUAAAUUAAAAUUUAAAACUGUCUAUAUUCAUUCAUAUUUUGAGAUGGAUUUUUUCUUAAAGCAAAUUAUCCAACUUUUGAUACUUAAAAUAUUUAAUCAUACAGAAUAGUUUACAUUUUUAGUUGCUAUCUUUAUGAAGACAAACUAACUGCUAAAUGUGUGUAUAUGCAGGACACCUUUUUAUAUCAGAAGUCAGUGUCACAUGAAAAACCUAAAUUUAAAAUUGAAGAAUUUGUUUUUAAACUAUUUUAAAAAAUUGUCAAUUUUAGUAAUUAAGCAUUAAAUAUUAUAAUUUUUAUAAACUAAACAUUAACAGAUUAUAACACCGUAGUCUGAUAGUAUUUAAUAUUCAUUUUAUUUUAAAUGUACCAUACUUGAUCAACCUAUUGCUUGAAAAAUACUACAUAUCUAAUAAACUUUGAAGGUAUUUUUUACCUGAUAUAGAAAAACUGAUUAAAAAUCACCUAAAAGACCAUGACUAUCCAAACAGCACUUUGAAAUAAAAGAAUUAAAAAAGAAAGCUAAUUCAACCAAUUCAUUAUGAUCUCCAAAUCAAAAUAGGAAGAUACUCUUGUAUUUUUAAUGCAGCUAGAAUUUUUUUUAACUUCAUUUAAUUUUAGUUUUAAAAGUGAAUCUAGCCUUUCUGUGUGUUACUUUUAAAGUUUUGCCCCCAUUGAGUUCAUGUUUCAGCAACACCCACAAAUUUAUAGUCAUAGUAUCUGAAAGCUCUAACUUCAGUAGUAUAUGGUUAAGUGUUCCUUAUUCAAGAUGUACAGCAUGUACUUUUCAACAAGAUAAUCUGUAAUCUUUUUUUUUUUAUGCUGAGGAUUUCUCACCUUUGCAUACUCUGCAAAUGGUGGUUAUGUCUGCAGCUGGAAUCCUGCUGCCUACUAGUAUCACUCUGUAAUACAGAGGUCUUAAGCGCUAUUGUUUUGCUAGAAGUCAGUAAAUAUGUGCCUCAAUAUACAUAGCAUGUCUAAGUAUGAAAAAUCAGAUUUAUGAAUGAACAUUAGUGGAUACAUGAAAAACACGUUCUCUUUGGAAUAUGACAACACAAGCAGCAUUAAAGCAAAAAAGGACUUUGUUUCCUUAUGGUGAUUUUACUCCUUAUGAACAAGUUGUGCUGUCUCCAAAAUCUGUUGGCUCAUUUGAUAUAAAGUACUAUCUGGCACUACAAAUGCUACUGUUUCCCCUUACGAUAUUACCUUCCUACCCAUGCUUCCUCAUCCAUUAUUAACAUUAAUGGAAGUUGAACUCUUCUCGUGUAGUUGUCUAUACACCCAUAAAUCUCUGAUUAUAACCAGAUAAUUUGUGAAGUUGAUAUCGCAAAACAUCAGUUAGUCUUGUCUUGUGUAAUUCUUGGACCUCCUACGUGCAGUAAUAGGAAUGGACAAGCCUCAAAAAAGUCAAAUAGCAAAUUAUAUGAACAGAUUUUAAUUAGUACUCAUCUUACAGCCACUUUGCUUAGUAAUUUUCUUUUUUAAAGCGCCUUAUGAUUGUUCAAAGCUUAAUUAAAACCCUGUGUCUGUAAAAUAUACAUGACUCUGGUAGUUCAAAAAGUGAGAAAUUCAGCAUUUACAUAUUUCCUGAAAAUUAAUAUACCAGCUAGUGUAACUACAUACUUGUAAUACCUCUGCUAGAGGCAAAAGUACAUAAAGGAAUCAUGACCAGUUGUAAAAAAGGCUUUGUUCUUAAUGCUAAAUUAAGUCUUCCAACAUUUUUCUUUCUCUCUCUCUCUCUCUCUCACAGGCUUCAUUUACUAUAGCUGCAGUCUGUUCAAAGAUGAAGUUUUGUCUAUGCAUGUUACUUUUCAUUUAGUGAGAUACCUUGGCCAUGUUUCCAGUACAAAACAAGCAGUUUUUACUAACUUUUGUCACCACUGAUAUAUAAAAGAAACUGCUAUUUUUCUCUGUCUUUCAGUAAAAUUCAAAGCUAUAGAAUGAGGAUAUUGACUGUUACAUCUCUUCUCACCUAGGAUAUACCAUUCAGUCACUCUUACAAAUGUUUGAGUGCACUGCAAUUAUAGGGAACUUCUUCAAAGAAGUAACAUGUACAAGUUUUCCACUUGGAGGACCAGAAGGAACAACAGGUCUCUUCAUGGCUUUCAGUACUGUGCAUGUUGCUUAUUUUGAUAGGAUACAUAUAAAAAUGUCCCUUUUCCUUUACAGCUGUGAACAGAGACUAAGAUAAACAGUUCUUCCAUAAUAAUGCUAAUUAACUGAAACCAACCUAACAAAAUCCAAAAACAAACUGUUUUGCAGUCUUUGAAAUUAAUGUCUAUCAAGGUUGUAAUUUAACUUUCUGCUAAUUAAGCCAAACAGUGUUUGUCAUUUAGUGUGAAAUUAACUGUAAAACUGCAGUUGUAAUGUUAAGAGAUUAUAGAACUUAUAUUAUUAAUAAAAAGAAAAUGGGCCUAAACAAUCCUGUUUUUUUCUUUCUCAGAAGGCUGUUCAAAUUGUGCUCUUUUUUAGAGACAUAUUUGCUAAGACACUUUAGAUAUUUAACAAGAAAACUCAAUAUGGUGUAAAUUUCUAAUAAUGAAUCAGAAAAAUAAAAUAUAACAAGGAAGGCUUUGAACUUGUACCUUGCAUUUCAAAUAAGGUAGGCGUCUGGGAACCAGAAGAACACAUCUGUAAUUGCUGUUUUGUGAAGACAGGCAAGCAACAGCCAGCUCCUGUGAACAGUGUAAGCUCUUCCAGAAAUUGUCAGUUUUCAUCACCUCUACUAGAUAAAGAACCAUUUUCAUUGACUGUAGCAUUAGUCCAUUGAAAGUUAUUGUUGGAAAAUAAGGGAAAAAAUUCCUUUUUCUCUAGUUUUACUAGCUGCCCCUUGUCACUCCAAAAUACCAGUUGUAUUCCACUUGUUUUAAGAUUCUGAGUAUUGUCCAGUCCCUUGCUACUUUGUUCACUGAAGCAAAUUUGUUUUCAGAAAGACGUUUGCAUCAUUUGUGUGAAGCUUUUGGGUGUGCCCUUUAUUUUAAACGCUCCACAUGUCAUACAAAAAAUUCCUUGAUAGGAAAACUUAGGAAAAUCCAUUUUUAAAUAAUUGAAUACAUCUUUAAAAAUAGUUUGACUUCACAUUUAGUGUGAAAGGUGGAAAAGGCUUACAUGGUUUAAUUUGUAACUUAGUUAAAUUUAUGUAAACAUUGCAAACUUUUAGUUAAUAACAUUAGUUGUAUCCAGCAUUGGUCAUGUGGGGGGGAGAGAAACCAAAUCUGCAAAUUUGGUGCAGAAUGGUAUGUGUAAGUUACAUGGAAAAUUAGUGUUUCCAUGAAGCUGAAGUCCUAAAUACACACUGUAUUUAUUAAGCAGCAGAAGACACAUCACAGCUCUCCUAAGACUUGCUCCAACCCCCACCAAAGCCAAUGCCUUUGAUUUUAAAUGAAAGCAUGCAUUCUGUAAUAAUUGAAUCCAUCUUAGCUGGAUAAACACAAACAGCUUUGAGAGGUAGCCAUGUUACUAUCUGCAAAAGAAGAUGUUCUGCAGCACCUUAAAGACUAACAGAUAUAUUUUGGUAUAGGCUUUCGUGAGUCAAAACCAAUUAAACAGUCUAGCCCAUGAGCACAGUGUCUGAUAAAUGCCUUACACAUUCCUAGCUGAUAGUAUGUCAUUCAUGCUUUACUUCCCAUGUUGGUUCCCAUAAAAUUCUAUAUGGACUUGAAAUUACUUGGUUGUAAGAAAAUUAAUGGUUACAGCCUUUUUUCAUUUAACCCAUCUUUCUAGUAGGAUCCCACUAUUUAAAAGUAAAUCUUUUAAUAUGUAAUAUCUCAGGCCCCCAAGGGUCCAUAUGGGGACCAAUGCUAUUCAACCUAUUUAUAAAUGAUCUGGAGAAAGGGGUAAACAGCGAGGUGGCAAAAUGUGUAGAUGAUAUUUAACUGCUUAAAAUAGUCAAGACCAAAACAGACUAUGAAGAGCUUCAAAAAUCUAAAAAAAAAGUGAUUGGGCAAUAAAAU